UCCCUUGAUGGUGUACGAGCACUUCAUUGUUAUAUUCCUGUAUAGAGUAGCAGGGUCUCUUUGUCCUACGAGCAUCACUAAGGCCUGAUUCUCCACCUACUUUGCCACUAUAAUUCACGCCACCAUGUCGAACCGCUCCCCAUUCAGCUCAUCUCAAACUCACCUCGAGCGCACUAUGUCUUCUAGCCCAUCGGACACCCGAUCACGGCGACGAGGCCCUCGGACUCUCCCCUCCAGUCCAACAUCCCGACCAACCUCCCUCGCCGUCGAGCCCAAAUCCGAAUACCUUCGAGACAUUCUUCGCGACAAGUCCGCCCGACAUGACCGCGCCCGGUCUACACCCAGGCGGCCGGAUUCCCAAUCAGGGCCAAAUAGUACGGCUUCCUACAUCGAUAGUUGGGUUGCGGCGAUUGAAGAUGACCACCCCAAUAACCCUAUACGACCUGUACGCCCACGGACGAGGAGGGCCAGCUCCGUAAAUACCGCAGCAAAUGAAGGGAAGAUUGCCCCGGGAAUCCAAAGGGGCUUGUCUAUGAAAGAUAUGGAUACGUUGCUGGAUAAGCAGUCGAAGGAGAACUUUGAUUUGAAGUUGCGUAUCUGUUUGCAGGAAGAGAAGAUGAAAAAGCUUGGGAAGGAGCUUGAAGAGACGCGAGAGAUCGUCGAGGAGUCGCGAGGUCUCCGAGAAGAGGUGGCGACGUUAAAACAAGAAAAGACGGAAUCGCAACAACAGAUGGAGGCAUUGCAAGCCGAGAACGAAGAGCUGAGGAAGGUGAAUGACGGGAAUUUGGCGGUCUACGAAAACGCACUAAAAGUGCUGGAAGAGCGCGGUGUGGCACUCGACGAAGCCGCCGAGAUCAUCCAUGAUCUCCAACACCGCCUGACCGAGCUAGACACCGCAUACGAGACCCUUAAUAGGUCUACCACUACCGCCGUCGAAGCUCACGACUCCGCGUACGCCAGCGCCGAACCCUCCAUCAAUCACCAGCUCUCUAUACACAACCCCAAAGUCCCUGUACAUGUCCGAUCUCGAGACGAUCUCGACCUUCCCAAAGACAUCCGCCCACCAACAUCCUAUUAUGACUCCGACUACUUCAGCGCCAGCGCUUCCUCGCCACGUACGGAGCCGAACACCCCGAGGUCACUGCCUCGGACAGGUGGAAUCUCACAAGGACGAUAUCCCUACCCCGCGAAAGCUGGUGGCGUCAAUCGCCAUGCCACUGACAUUACUGGCUCCCGAGAAUCCAUCCGCAGCAGCAGCUCGGAUGGGCGAGAAAACCCCCGUGGCGCACCGCAUGCUCGUGACCUCGUUUUUCAGUACGGCACGCAGCACCCACGGCCACUUACGCGAACCGUACGAACCAGCUCGCCAGUAAGAGCAAGCGGGGUAGUUGCAUCCUUUGCCGAACGCCAGAAGAUUGCUGGCCUGCUCCCGUCAUCCUUGCUGAACGAGAGCAUCGGUGGUUUCAACGCCAGCGGUCAUGAAAACAAUGCCGCAACGCCAACACAAAGUUCAACCGCGCAGCCAUACUCAGCAGGAUUGAACACGUACCCACAUCCACACCCCGCCCUCCGUGCCGUCUACCUCACCCAUCCCCCUGAUGGCGUUUCUCGACCCCCACCCUCCCUUUCCCAGCAGAAUCCCAACUCCUCGCACCCACCCAUGCUCUCCUGCUCGCCCGCCGACCCCGUCAGGUCCCGCCCAUCUCAUCCUCCCCCGGGCCUCAAGUUUGGGGACACUGACGACGACUUCGAAGAAGGCGAUACGACACUUGUACCAGAGGAUGACGUUGCCGGGCUCGCCGGCGCGCUAAGUGUCAAGAGUCUGGGCAGGUAUAGCGAGGGCGAUGCGCGGACCGAUGCAGCGACGGACGCGGGGACCGAGGUGGACGUAGAUAUAGGGAAUCAGGGGCUAAGACGAUAUCCGGAGUGGCCCGGAUCGUCGAUGGGGAUGAGCUUGAACAACCCGAGAGGCUGCGGGAAGACCGUUGGGGGUGAUAGGAAAAGGAGUGUGAGUGAUAUGGGAAGGCGGAUGGCUGCUCCUCCUGCGAUGCAUGGCGACCUCAUCCCGGUGGAAAAGCAAGAACUCGACACCCGUCUGGGGAAAAUGGAUGAGAAGCGUGAAGGAAGACGCGAAAGUCGGAGGGAAAGCUUGACCAGGCGGUUAGAGCCACCGGCUGGAUUUCUAAGCUUCGGGAAAUUUGGGAGGAAGGGGUGAAAUUG